GCCGCAUAUUUUAUAUAAGAAGAGCGAACUAUAAUUCUACAUAAAUAUGAAGAACACGGACACGGUUUUGCAUGCAAAACGCAAUACAGUCUAAACGGAAUACCUCAUUAACGCCACAUCUUGCUUUGUAGUACAGGCCUCAGGAAAUUAAUCCUCCCAUGAAAAUUAACCUGAACUGCACUGGAAUGACCAGAUCAUUAAAACAUCUGCAUUUUAGAGUUUAUAAAACAUCUCAACUGUACUCUCUGGUGGAUAAACUAUGUAAUGAAGACACUAACUUCUAAAUUACCUCAAACAUAUCUCUGCCAAAGUUAAGGUACAGAGGACAUACUUCAAAAUCAACAUAAUUUCCCGUUUUUGGAUUAACAGAAAUGUCAGUAAACUUAAACGGAAAAGGUACUGGUAAUUUUCUGCCAGGACAUUAUCCGUUUUUCUAUGGAUUUUUUUCUUACAGUGUACAUUUGUCUGACAGCUUUAGUUACUUCUCAGAUGACAGUUUUCCAUCCCCUUCCUGUCCAGUGUAAACCAUGUAUCUCCAGAUGUGUUAAUGUUGAAAGUUUGUGAUAAACUGAAGGAUGAAGUGUUCCUUUAAGUGUUGAGAAAAUUCUCCUACCUCUUAAGCUAAACGACGUCUGUAAAAAGCCUCUUGGAUCAGCUGACACAUGCAUCGUAACAAAGCUGAAAACAGGGCCUUAUUUUAGAGAUACGUGGUUCUCACAGGACAGCAACGCUCCAAACAUGAUCUUAUAGAAUGUGAUGCGCUGCUGUAGAAUAAACUACCCAACAGUAUAUUAAGGAGUUAACAUUAGCACAACCUUAAACAUCUACAGCAAUAAAAUGCAACAUACACACUAAUGCUGCAGUAAUAAUCCAGAAACAUCUGAUAUAAUAAACAUUGACAGGGAACACUUUACUGAGCAAUACUUGUACUUUAAGUAUAUUGUGAUAAUACUAACAUACUUUUACCUGAGUAAGGUUUUGAGUGCAAGACUUUCACUUGUAGUGGAGUAAUUAUACAGUGUGGUAUUACUUUUACUGCCGUAAAAGAUCUGAAUACUUGUUCAAUGUUUACCUGCACUUCACUGGAAACUAUUUUGGAAGCUGUUUUUUUGAGAUACAAGCCUACUUUCAUCUUCACAAAAUAAAACGUUACUAAUAUGUUUUGUUCCAGAUCAAGCUGUUCAACAGGAGGAGUCUUUUUGGCUCUCUUUCGUCACAGAGUUGUGAAGCCAUUACUUUACCAUUUUUGGUCAUGUCUAUCUUCGACAACCACCUCUUCCUUAUUAAAGGACACUAUUGACAAUAAGUGUACUGUACCCAGACCAUGUUGUUCCAUUGACGGUCUUUCUGCUCCACUCAAGUUGCCAGAGAUUAUUUUAUCUAACAGCUGUGUCUCCAGGUUUCUGCUUUGGUGGAAGAUGGCAAUGAUGGUCGUUUUGGCAGCAGUGCUUCUCACUUAUGGAGUCUCUCCAGGAAUUGCAAUGGCCCGUGAAUCUGGUGCUGUAGUUGGGGAAAACAGUGUGCUUCCACUGGACAUGGCUGAAAACUCUGUUGACGACAUGUACAAUGGGUGUGAAAAAGAAAUGAUGAAGGUAGAAAAAGAAUACCUGCAGAAUGAGAAGAACAACAACCCAAACUUCACAAGGGUCUGGGACAGCCAAGAGAAGGAAGUACGCAUACCAAUAAAGAAAACGUUAACUAAAGAAGCACUGAAAAAAUACCACAUUGUAGCUAUUCGUACUUACACUGAACGCGGUGUGUAUCUUGAUUUCAACGCUGCAGUUCGAACCCAGGGACCUCAGUACAACACCACAUUCAGGUAUCAUGCACUUCACUUUCUCCUGACUACUGCCAUUCAAGCUAGAGCCAAAAAGGAUAAACAAUGUUUCACUGUCUACCGUAGAGUCAAGGUGUCCUUUAGCCAAGAUGUUGAAAACAAAGAGAUUCGCUUUGGCUCUUUCACCUCAACCUCACUGGGUAAUUACAGCGAUGCAAAUACAUUCGGAGACAAGUCAUGCUUUGAGAUUUUCACGUGCAUGGGAGCAGAUAUCUCCCCCUUUUCUAAAUAUGAGAAAGAAUCAGAAGUGCUGAUUCCUCCCUAUGAGGUCUUUAAUGUCGUAGAGAUAAAUAAUAGGUCAAUGCAGCCAGAUCUUCCAUGUGAGGUGGUCUAUAAAGUGGAGAGUACAGGCUAUGUUUCCAAGUUGAAUUGUGCUCUUUUUCCGAAGUAAACAUUUUCACGUUUUACAUACAGUUAACAAAAGAUGUAAAAUGUAGGAUGCACCAUUUUAAGUACUGCAAAUGAUCUGUAA